AUGAUGAGGCCUCCUGAUGGCGGGUGCUCACCUCAUUUGCCGCGUAUCAGUGAAGUUAAUCCUCACCAAUCUGUUAAUUCCUCUGGUCAUGUAAAGCCCACUACAGUGAAAUGUAUUCUCAUAGGUGACAGGCAGGUGGGAAAAACCAGUCUUGUCGUCAGUUACACUUCUAAUGAUUAUCCAGCUGAAUAUAAACCAUCUGCUUUGGAUACCUAUUGUGUCGAAGUCUGUGCUGAUACACGCCCUGUUCAUUUACAAAUCUGUGAUGCUGGUGGGAAAGAAGAAGUUGCAUCUUUAAGACAUCUGUCAUAUUUGGAUGCACAUGUUAUUCUACUAUGCUUUUCUGUUGUUCGACCAGAGUCUUUCAGAUCCUUAAAAACUGUUUGGUUAAAAGAACUAGCUACUGCACCUAUCAUUCUUAACAGCGCCGCUGAACAAACUGCAGCAAAAUUAUUCGGUAUACCUACUACUACUACUACAACUACUAAUGCUACUUCGUCAUCGUCAAAUACCAAAAGAAGUCUUGAUCACUGUCUACCGGCAUUACUCGUCAAAUCGAAAUCCUCUAUAUGCCCUAAUCGUGGAUUAAAAAGCGCACCUGAAACUGCCACUACUAAUUUAAUACCAGGUCCUACAUUUCUCCUCAUAGGUUGUGCUUGUGAUCUACGCAAUGAUAUUGGACGUUUAUUAGAAUUGUCAAAGAUAGGCGAAGAACCAGUGGAUAAGGAGAAAGCUGAGUGUUUAGCUGUUGAGCUAGGCGCUGAAGCCUAUGUGGAGUGUUCUGCACUAACUCAGAAGAAUCUUAAAACUGUUUUCGACCUGGCUAUUUGGUGUGGUUUAAAAGUAGCUGAUUCUGGUGGUCCACUGCUGCCAUCUGAAUUAAAGUCAAAGGAAGCAUUACCGCAUAAUGGCAAUUGUACAAAAACUUCUCUUUAUAAUCGUGCUCUCAGUAAUAAUAAUAAUAGUAAUCAUGUAGGGGUUAAUCACCGCCUGUCUAGCGUCGUCACCACAACAGAGAAUACCAACAAGUGUAAAACGCUGAAUAAAAAGGGUUGGCGCCGAUUUCUGUGUAUUAAUUCUUAAAAAUAUUCAAAUUAGCAUUUUUCCUCUUGGUGUUGUUGUUAGGAGAGGUUUCG